AUGGCUGAAAAAUCUGUCUUCAACCUCCUCCUUCUUCUUCACUUGCUGGUUUUAUUCGCUACAGGUGGAAAUUCUGAUUUAAUAUUUUAUUUCGAGAACACUUGCCUAGAAACUUUGUGGCUUGCCUCCAGUCCAUCAGACAGGGGCUUGGAUCCGACAAUUGAACCCGGUGCACUAGAAAUAUACUUCAUGUCAGAUCCAUGGUCCGGAAGCUUAUGGGUAAGAACAAAGUGUACCACCGAUUUAUCAGGACACUUCUCUUGUGAAACUGGAGAUUGUGGAUCCGGUGAACAAGAUUGCCAAGGCGGACUGCCGAAAUAUCCUAUAACCGAACUCAAUUUCAAUAUUCAAAACAACGUAGUUUCAUACGAAUUAAGCUUGAUUCAUGGACACAAUAACAUAGCAGUUCGGAUUGAACCGACUGGCGGAUCAUUAAUUGCAGGCGGGUCUGGGCCAUGCCCGGUUGUGGAUUGCGUUGAAGAUAUUAGCAAUAUAUGUCCAGCUCCCUUGGUUGCUAAAAACAAAAAUGGAGUGUAUGUAGGGUGCUAUAAUCCAUGCGACGUAUUGCAUGAUCCAAAAUAUUGCAAGGCCAAUGAAUACUCAGAAAGGUUCAAGCAAUUGUGCAAAUUCGCACAUACAUUUCCUGGAGAUAAUAGUCCUCCACUUUACAAGUGCAGUGGAGCUACCAGUUACAAUAUAACAUUUUGUCCUGUGUAG